AUGACAAUUGGCAAGAACUCCAGGAAAAGCUCUGCGCGGAGCUCCAUCCGGGCCCCAAAGUUUCUGGACAAAUCCAGUGGCUUCUACGGUCGCCUUGAUGAGCCUGAGGCCGCUGGAGAAGGAGAGAAGGUGAGGGGAAAAGAAGUGGAGGAGACAUUCAACUGGACAGAGGACAGCAUCAGAGAGGGGGGAGUUGCCAGCAGCCCCAGCCCAAGUGAGGUGCGCAUUUCUGGGGCAGAUGAGAAGGAAGAAGUUGAGGCGUUUGAUCUCAAUGAAGGGAUGAUGGAAGACGACGGGGAGACUCUCCUCCAGAGGAAACCCAGCCGCUGCAGCAGCCGCUGGAGAAGAAGCUCCAGGAGGAAGCAGAAGGAGGGGAGAGCCGAGGAGGACACGGCCCGGGAUGAGAGGCCCAGCCUGGGCACAGAGAGUCCCGUUGACCCACACGUCCUGAAGGACACCAAGGUAAUGAUCGAAGUGAAUAAGAUGGAAGAAAAGGAUGGGAAGGCAGGAAAGGGGAAGGAGCCAACGCUUGUUCACUUCCCGGUUCGGGAGGAUGCGGACGACCAGGUCCUGAUCAGAGACAGGAAGAGGGAGGAAGAGGAGGAGAGGAAGAUGAAGAGGGAGCAAGAGGAGGGGAAGAAGGUGGUGAAGAGGAACACGGGGAAGAAUUAUCGCAAGGCCUUGGACCGAGCCUUUCGUCGCGGCUGGGAGGCCUUCAUCACCAACAUAUACAGCGUCACGCUCACACCUGUGACAUCAUCCUCACCGCCAUCUUCUUCACCUUCGCCAAAGAAGAAACAGCAAUCUAACUUGGUGUUGGCUGAGUUUCUGUAGAACUGGAGAGCGACAUGGACGAGGAAAUCAAAUUUUUAUUCAAAUCAUGAUUACGCACUGUGUGCCAUUUGGCAUAACGUUAGUGGGGACGUUUAUAAUUACAUGAUGUGUUUGAGUCGUGUAGUAGGCCUCCGAAACAGUCAUUAUUUAUCUACGUUAAUGAAUCUUAAUCCCUUCUCAUAAAGUUUACUGCCUUGUCUCAUCUUGAUGCACAGGGAUUCAUUUUUACUUCACGAGCUGAGGGAGCCACGCUGUUGAUUCUACAGUGAAGCACUAUGGGACUGGCUUAUAUUGGAAAAACCCAGUCUCUAUGUGACUGAGUUCAGCUGCUUCUGGUUCCCUUCAACUGUGAUGCUAAUUUGGGAUUAUGUCUUAACAUUUUAGCUCCUUACAUCCGGUCCACUAUUAGGAGCCUGAAACAGAAAUAAUCUUUCUAUCCUUUUGUUUAGCACUAUGAAACUACUAAAGUGUUGAUGUGCAACCAAUAGGAAUGUUUUAUUGUCAAACAUGUUGCGAUGAUUUAUUAGUGGACUUUGGUUCUGGAGAUAUUCCUACUUGUAUGUUAGUCAGUGCCAUUUAUUGCUUUUUGACAGCUAAUCAAUUGUUGUUAAUGAAAGGAGGACAAACACCCACCCACCCACCCCCCCACACAGCUAAUUUGUAUUUUGAUAUUGUGAUAGUGAUUAACACACACAUUUGUAUGUUAAUAUUUGUGGAAAAAAUUCAGUUUUGACCAAUUUUAACACAUUUACACAGGGGGUUUCCCCAUCUGUGUGUGCACAGAAAUACAGAGUUUGACUUCCUCACUGUGUGUUCUGAUAAAGGUUAUUUAACCUGAAGAGACAGGGCAGGAGAGUGUAUGCAUGUGUGUGCAACUGAGAGAGAAAGAGAUAUAUUUAUAGCCUGGUUAUAAAACAGCAUGUCUUUUAAUUGUUACCAAUGUAGCUGCCCAUCACGUUUCUCUUAGUAGUCUAAAACACCACUCAUUGGCACUUUAAAUGUCAAAAUAGAACUAUAAACGUUCAACCGGGGACAGGAAGACAUGAUAGAAGGGAUUCAGAAGGUUUAAACAGUGUAUUAAUGAUUGGUUGACUUGUUAGAAUGAAAAAUGUAAUGUUUACAACAGACCUGUAAUUUCCUGUCAUCCACUAUGUAUAUGGUUUGGAUAUUACCUCCAGUGUAUUCUUGCAGACUGAAUAGGUGGGAAAACUUGUAAUGAUUGUCUAAAGAAUGUGUUAAUUUAAAAAGAAGAUCUUUUUGUAUCCUAAUCAAAGCAUCUGAAGUCUUGA